GGAAAGCCCCGCCUGGUGCAGCCAGGGCUGGGACGGCCACCCGGGGUGUCUCCCACUUGCCGCUCCGGCGCUGGCGCGGCGACUGGACCCGGAGCGCGCAGGACCGGCUGCAUCCUGUCUGCCGAGCCAACCUCCCACCCCCUCCACGUCGGUUUGCAGCCUAGAGAGGGAAGAGGAGCAGGAGGCCUGCACACCCACUGGGUUCAGGAAGAGACCCGCUGCGUCACUUCUGUACUGCUGCUGGCUUCUGACAUUUCAAGACUCAUCUCCCCCCAGAUAAAAAGAGGUAACAUCUUACAAAACUAUAGUUCAGUAUCACAACCAAGGUAUUGACAUUGAUGGAAACCACUGAUCUUCCUCAGAUUGCCUCCAUUUUACUGCAGGCGCUGUAGGAUCUCCCGAUGGCGUGGCUUCACUCUGGGCUCGCGUUUUCCGUGGGCUGUCUGAUCCUGAUGUGGGUGGCACGCUCUGGGAGUGUGAGGGUCCUGCAGGGGCCCACCUGCUUCUCCGACUACAUCAACAUCUCCACCUGUGAGUGGGAGAUGGCCCAGCCCACCAACUGCAGAGCCGAGCUCCGCCUGUUCUACCAGCUGGAAUUUUUCUCCUUUGAAAACCACAUGUGUGUCCCCGAGAACAGAGCUGGCGCGGUGUGCGUGUGCCAUAUGCAUAUGGAUAACGUGGUCAGCGCGGACACCUACCAGCUGGACCUGUGGGCUGGGGAGCAGCUGCUGUGGAAGAGCUCCUUCAAGCCCAGUGAGCAUGUGAAACCCCUGGCGCCCAGAAACCUCACUGUUCACCCCAACACCUCCCGCACGUGGCUGCUGACGUGGAACAACCCGUACCCUCCUGAGAAUCACCUAUACUCCGAGCUCACCUACCUGGUCAACAUCUCAAAUGAGAACGACCCCACGGAUUUCAGAAUCUAUAACGUGACCUACAUGGGGCCCACCCUCCGCUUCGCAGCCAGCACCCUAAAGUCUGGAGCUUCCUACAGCGCACAGGUGAAGGCCUGGGCUCAGAGCUACAACAGCACCUGGAGUGAGUGGAGCCCCAGCGUCAAGUGGCUUAACUACUACGAGGCGACCUUGGAGCAGCGCCUCCCACUGGGCGUCAGCAUCUCCUGCGUCGUCAUCCUGGCUGUCUGCCUGUCCUGCUAUGUCAGCAUCAUCAAGAUUAAGAAAGAAUGGUGGGACCAAAUUCCCAACCCAGCCCACAGCCCCCUCGUGGCUGUUAUCAUCCAGGACUCUCAGGUGUCACUGUGGGGGAAGCGGUCCCAAGGCCAGGAACCAGCCAAGUGCCCACACUGGAAGACUUGUCUUGCCAAGCUUCUGCCCUGUUUACUGGAGCAUGGCAUGGAAAGGGAUGAAGAUUCCUCCAAGCCUGCUAGAAAUGAGCCUUUCCAGUGUCCUGGAAAAGUAGCAUGGCACCCCAUGGAGGUCAACAAGACAAUCCUCUGGCCAGAGAGCAUCAGCUUGGUUCGGUGCGUGGAGCUGUUUGAGGCCCAAGUGGAGAAUGAAGAAGAGGAAGUGGAGGAAGAUAAAGGGAGCUUCUGCCCAUCACCUGACAGCAGCGGGGGCAGCUUCCAGGAGGGCAGGGAGGGCAUCGCAGCCCGGCUGACAGAGAGCCUGUUCCUAGACCUACUCGGGGGUGAGGAUGGGGGCUUUAGCCCACAGGGCUUGGAGGAGUCCUGCCUUCUUCCACCUUUAGAAAAUCCAAGUGCUCAGAGGCCCUGGGCCACGUUCCCAAGUGUGGGGCCCCAGGAGGCAUCGUCUGAGGACAAGGAGCCUUUGAACCCAGAGUCAAGUCCUCCGACCCAGAGCCCAGCCAGGCUGGCUUUCCCAGAGAUGCCCGGCGUCAUCACAGACUACCCCACUUGCCGCAGCUUCAGCACCUUCCUGAGCCAGUCCUCAGGCCCUGGAGAGCUUGACUCAGACCCACAGCUGGCCGAACACCUGGGGGAAGUGGACCCCGGCAUCCCCGCCGCCCCCCAGCAAUCUGCACUGCCCGCCGCACUCCAGCCUGAGCCAGAAACGUGGGAGCAGAUCCUGCGCCAGAGCGUCCUCCAGUGCAGGGCGGCCCCGGGCCCCGCCUCGGCCCCCAGCAGUGGCUACCGGGAGUUUGUGCAGGCGGUGAAGCAGGGCGGUGCCCAGGACAGCGGGCUGGAGGGCUUUGGCCCUUGUGGAGAGGCUGGCUACAAGGCCUUCUCCAGCUUGCUCGCUGGCAGCGCUAGCUGCCCGGGGACAUCUGGGGUUGAGCCCAGCAGUGGGGAGGGGGGCUACAAGCCCUUCCAGAGCCUCGCUCCUGGCUGCCCCGGAGCCCCUGCCCCAGUCCCCGUCCCCCUGUUCACCUUUGGACUGGAUGUGGAGCCCCCUUACAGCCCUCACGACUCACUCCUGCCAGGCAGCACCCCAGGGUGCCCUGGUUUGGAGCCAGUGGUCAAGGGAGAAGACAGCCAGAAGCCCCCGCUGUCCCCGGAGCCGGCCACAGACCCCCUCGGGGAUGACCUGGGCAAUGGCAUUGUCUACUCAGCCCUCACCUGCCACCUGUGUGGCCACCUGAAGCAAUGCCACGGCCAGGAGGAACGUGGCAAGGCCCACGUCGAGGCCAGCCCCUGCUGUGACUGCUGCCGUGGGGACGGGUCCUCACCCCCGGUGAGCCCCCUGAGAGCCCUGGACGCCCAGCUUGGUGGGGCUCCACUGGAGGCCAGCCUCUCCCCGGCCUCCCUAGCACCCUUGGGUGUCUCAGAGGAGGGUAAGCCCGCCCUGUUCUUCCAAACUGCCCCCAACAAUGCUCAGAGCUCAAGCCAGACCUCCACGGUGGUGGCCAUGCUCUCCCCAGGGCCCACGUGCACGGACACUUCCUAGGUGCGUGCCUGCUUCUUGCUGAAGUCUGCAGGUGAGGACUGGGCCUUACCCAUGACUGCGAAGUGCCUCCCUCCAGAAGGCAGCCAGGCUGGCAGUGUUCCGAAAGACUCAGAGAACCCUGGUGUGAAGUUGUGAAGUUGUCCAACACUGGGGUUACGGAGGCCGGACGCCCCCGGCUCCCAACGUUGGCCCGGGCUUGCCACGUCCCAUGGGAGUGGAGGGUGCCAGGCAGCUGUACCCACAGCAGGCACCCGCAGGGGUCAGGAGGUUCCCGGGCACCUUGGCUUGUGAAUGAGCUCUUGGUCAUUUCAUGGGUCCACAGCUGCCCCAGUGGACUAUCCCUGUCACGCUCAAGGCGUGUUUUGUCCACCGAGCUGCUCUGUUACCCAUGUCUUGCCCAAGCCGGGGGUCAGCUGCCACCAUCUCACUGGAUUGGAGGCUGAGCCUAGAAGCUAACCAAGCCAAUGGGAGAAUGACUUGGGAGGCCUUGGGAAACUGAGGUCCAGAAAGGGUGGUCGUUUGCCCAGAGACGCCUGUUCAUUUAACAGAGGUUGACACUGGCAGCAGAGUCUGAGCUGCGGAGGGGCGCUUAGUCAAGUGGGGUUAACGAGGACACGAAAAAUUGUGAUUACCGAGCAGUGACAGCUUGCUGCCAGCUUCCCACACAGCUGUAAGGGUGGGGGUUCCUGUUAAGCACUGGAUCCCCAGAACAAGCAUGCCUGGUGACCUUGGGGCCGGUGUGUACCCCCAUGCAUGCCGUUGCCGGCAUCGGUGGUUCAGAGGGAGUGGCUCAGGUCUCCUGAUCCAGCGAGCUGGGCGUCCGAGAUGCCGACACCAGGCAUAUCGCCUGCACCUCUGCCCGACCUCAGGUUGAGUAAUGCUUCUUUGUGUGUAUCUCAAAAAUUGUUUCAUCACCUGGUGUUUGUGUUUGCUGAGGAGGGUAGAAUGGGAGGGGAUGGAGUUUUGUAUAAAUAAAGGUUCUUUACCUCCUUCCCCACCCUCCUCUACCCCAUUUAUUAAACAAACAUACUGCCAGGCACUGUUUCGAGUGCUUUAUCUCUAUUAACUCAUAGAAUCCUCCCAUCCAGAGGUACUGAGACCAACCCAAGAGGUUAAGUAACUUCCUGUCUGCUUGGGUUUCCCUGAGACCAGGAUUCAAUUGCAGUUUGUUGAGAUAGGUGGCGAUCCCAGGAAGCCCUGCUUGGAGAGUGGGGAAAGGAGGCAGGGAAGGGCAGGAGGCAAUAAAAGGUGUUAUCACACAGAGUGCCAGCACGGGCAACAGAUGCUUCACCCCGCCGGGGGGCUUGGGCAGGCCAGGCACCGCGCAUGCCUAGAGGUGGGGAGCGGGCUGUUUGUCCACCAACUCCCAUCUGUCGUUGGUGGAGGGCUGCUGCCAGGGGCAACUCCCCAGCACUUCCAGCUGCUCCAGGAAAAAUUCCUCAGAUCGAGAGUUGCGGGGGUGGCGUGGGGGGGGAGCCGUGUUUGAGCAGCUUUGGGCACGUGAAGAUGUGGACAGGGCUGUGAUGGCAGCUGCUACUUUGCCAAGGUCACACAGCUAGUGGCAGACCCGUAGCUGAGCCAUUGCUCAGGCUCUCUGUAGGUGAUCCGUGCUUGACAUCUGGGCGGUGGGUGUAUGGAGUGGGCCUCAGACAGGCAGGCAGGGGAUCUUAAGCUCCUUUGUCUGCAAUCACUGUGUCUGAGUAGCCGCCCUGACUGCCACGCUUGCAGAAUGAAGGGCUCGGCUGUUUGAGGUUCCUUCCUGCUCUGGCAUUCUAUGUAAUACAUUACAGAGGUGAUGGGGAGCUCACUACUUCACAUGCAGCCUGAUGUUUGUGAGAACUGCCUCCUUUGUGCUGAGCCCAAGUCUAUCCCUUUAGCUGCCUGAGUCACCACCCCACACCCACGGUUUGCAGAUCAGGGAAACUGCUCUAGAGAGGAAAAGGGACUUGCCCAACGUCACACAGUGGCAGAACCUGAACUGUGGCAGAACCUGAACUAGCCCUCUGGACCUUUUGUCUUCAAGAGCUCUUUGUAAUAAAAUAUAAUACUUUAAAAUAAAAAUAACUAGUUAGGACCAAGCAAUUUGUUUGGUGUCAUACACUGUGUCACAGCUCUAGCGAGCAGGUUAUUAUCCCAGUUUUACAGAUAAGGGAGCAGGCCCAGAGAGGUUGAGGUUUAGCUUAGGGCCACACAACUGGGAAGUCCGGGAGCCAGGAUUUGAAUCCAGGUCUGAUUGCAGAGUUCCCAGCCACCACGGUGUGCUAUCUCAUGUACAGCAGGGCACCGACUCGAUUGUCAGCUCUGAUUAGCCUGCGGGUCAUCUCAGAAAAUCAGAUUUUAAAACUAAGCAGCCAGGGAAUUCCCUGGUGUCCAGUGGAUAGGACUCGGUGCUUUCACUUACGUGGCCCAGGUUCAAUACCUGGUCGGGGAACUAAGAUCCCUCAAGCCUCGUGGGGUGGCCAAAAAUAAAAUAAAAACUAAAAAAACUAAGCAGCCAACAGAGAAAAUAUACUUGCGUGAGUGCUGGAGAGCUGGUUGGAUUCCAAGUCCAACAGAAUUGAGACUGACUUAUUCUAUCCCCAGGAUCUUAGGAGGAAGACACCCAACUUGUCAGCUGAGGCUCAUAUUACAGAAUCCGCUGGGCUUUGGGAAACUAGAAUGGAGAACUAGGCAGAGACACCUCCCAUCUCUUAUCCGGAUUUCAACCCACCCUCCCAGGUUCAGGGAAGCUGGAGAGAGGUCACCGUUCUGGCUUCCUCAACCUCCUUCUGCAUCUUAACACAGGGAAGGAGGAAGCAGAGAGAGCGGGAAAGCCACACAUCCCACCGAUGUUUACUGAGAACCUACUAUGGGCCAACCACUGUGCUAGAUGUGAGGAAACUGUGAGCGACACAAAGUCCCUUCCCUCUUGGAUCUUACAGUUCAGUGGGGGAGACAGAAAUGUUAAAGACAAAAGGAAAAAAUAGGAGUCUGAGAUGGGGGGGUUAGCGGAGAGGUCUUUAAGGAGGUGACAUUUGAGCUGAGCCUUCAGUGACUAGAAGAACCAGGAUGGACUGGAGGAAGAGCAUUCCAGGCAGAGGACAGAGCAAGUGCAAAGGCCCUGAGGCACGAGAAGUUUGGCGAGUUCCCAGUAAGAAAAAUAAGCUACAGUGCAGUGAGCCAGGGACAGUGGUGAGAGAUAAGGUCAGGCAGGAUGGGGGACUGGAGUGAGGAAUUUAUAUUUUGGCUUAAAUGCACAUUAGCCCCACCCACUGAGAAACAUGGUCCAGUAGACACCCAUCUCUCUUCAAUCUCUCCAGUCCCAAACGUAAUCCAUCCAUAAGCAGGAGCCCAGGAGAGGAAGUGGAGGCACUGGAGCUGCUCCUCCAAUAGGACUCCCUCUCACCUCGCAGAAGUGGAGGACUAAGGUUCCUUCUGAUAACAGUGACGGAGUGCUUAACAUCCUCCUAGCUGCUCUUCUCACUCAGGAGUGAAGUGAAUCCCACCAGAAAUGUGUUGAUUAGCACAGGGGAGUGGCUGGCCGCCAGGGUCUUCCUUGGGAAUUUCUUUGAUAAAAGACUUUUAAAAAUCCCCUUAAAAUCUGAUCUUGACCUCCCAGGCACUAGUCUCCGAAUUAGGCAGGGAACCCAAGGGUCUUCGGGGUGUGAAGUCCCAGCCCCCAUCUCUGCUCUCUCGGUCUCCUUUGUCCUGCCUGUGCCUUCAUUUUUUUCGUUUGUAAAAUAAGAAGGAUAAUAAAAUCUGCAUUGGAGGUUGUCCUGAAGAUGGUCUACAUUAUCAUCAUCUUCAUCAUCUUCUGGGUUUACUCCAACCUGGCGGGGGCACAGGUAACAAGAGUGAAAAGGUACAACCAGCUUAGAAAUCUAGAAUUCUCAGCCUCAGCCACUGCUCUGGGCUUCCUCCCGUGGACCAAAAACAAACAAAAUGUUGCCUGCUGUUUCAGUCAACAAAGAAUGGUGUCUGCCAUUCUGGUAAACAAAAAUAUUGCUCACCAUCAAGCCUUCAGCCACUGCAGCUUCCCCAGGACAGGGAGCCCCGAAGGGAAUUUGGGAGAAAAACAGGAUACCAGCCCUAGACAGUUAAGAUGCAUAUCAAAGGAGUAAUUUCAAUAAGCCCAGACUCUCGCACCUUCCCAAACACAGAAAAGCACUAAAAUCAUUAACUUGAGAUGUCUGCUUUUUCUUGUGAUUAGCAAUAAUCUUUCCAUGUUCUACUACAUGUUUUGUUUUGUUUCAGCAAAAACUCUUAUAUAUCCAGGCUGCUCUCUUACCUCUUUGGAACAGUUCCUCAGAGCUAUCUGAGAGGCUGUAUCCUGGGCUAUAUAGUUCUCAGUAAUGUCCCUGAAUAAAA